AUUGCCCAUAGCCUCAAGUCCAAUUCCAACCCCAAACCCCCAAUUACAGCACAAAAAGAGAGAAAAAUAGAGAAAAUGCCCUCCCUCCUCGAAGACCCCACCACCUACAUCCCCCCUCCCCCCUCCGCCCAGUCCAACAAAUCCCACCUGAAACCCCUCACCAAAACCCUAAAAGACUCAACCCCCGUAACCCUGUACCCGAUCGCAAAUGGCCCGUCCUCCAUCCCAGAUGCCCUGAUCGACGUGCUGCACCGCGAGUUCAGCGCCGAGAUCGCCCGCGGCACGACCUACCCGAUGGAAGAGCCCAUGGGGCGCGAAUUGUUCGCGAACUACUGGUUUGGGACGUUUGCGGUCAUCGCGGUGGCGGGAGAGGGGGAUUUGGAGAGGGAGGGCAGGGAUUGGGAGAGGGAGUGUCUGGGGACGUUUUAUGUGAAGCCGAAUUAUCCCGGACGCUGCUCGCACGUCUGCAACGCCGGGUUCCUGACCACAGAGGCGGCGCGAGGUCGAGGUGUCGGGAUUGUAAUGGGCGAGACGUAUCUAGACUAUGCGCCGAAGCUGGGCUACAAAUACUCCGUGUUCAACCUCGUGUUCGAGAACAACGUCGCCUCCGUCAAGAUCUGGGAGCGCCUGGGCUUCCAGAUCAUCGGGCGGGUGCCGGGGGCGGCGCGGCUGUCGAACAGCACGGAGCUGGUGGAUGCGUUGAUCAUUGGGCGGGAGUUGGUUUGAUCUUUUUGAUCUAUAGAUAGAUGGAUUACGAAUGG